AAUAAUAACAAUCACACAUGGCCACCAGCGUGCAACGGCCCAUUUAUUAAUUCACUUUUUUAAUUGAAAUUUAGGCCUAUUAAAAGCCCUAGGUUUGUGAAAUGUUAUGUGGCCUUGAGUGGACUACUAAAAGGCUUAGGAUAAAUGGAAUACUUGUGGAAGGGUGGGCUUUACUCAAAACAGAUGUGCACUUCAUUAAUCCGUAAUUUUGAUAGCAUGUUUAAAAAUGUAAAUGGUUUUGAAAUAAAAUGUUAAAUCUUAUUUAUUUUGUGCCGGCAAAGUUUCAAAUAAUACAUCUGUAGAUUAUUAUUGCUGUAAAAUGGUGUGAACUUACAAUUUAUAAAUAUGAGUUUUCCGAAAGAAUUGUUUAAUUGGAAACGUCUAUUCCCUUUUCCCUCUGUACUAAGCAUUGUUUCGGGUUGCAUUAGUUAAUGAAAGCGUGAAUAAUGAUAGCAAAGCAUGCUAUGGAGACGCUGGUGGCCGACCAGAACGUCGAGACAUCACAGGCAGGAGGGGAACAGUCAUCCAGCGCACAGAAUGAUGGUGGAGCCCGCUCUACAGGAGCACAGGUCCGAGCCAAUGGGACUGUGGUCCUUGCCUCCCCUGCCCAGGUGAAGCAUAAUACACAGGCUAUUGCAGUUCCCCAGGCAGGUGGAGGAGUGUCCAUUGUUCAUGUAGCCAUUCCUAAUCAGCCUGUGCAUGUCCAGUCUGUUAUACAGCCAGGACCCAACCAGCAAUCAGUCAUACAGGCACCAGGUGGUGCCACAUUGCAGUCUGUUCAGCUUCCAAAGAAUGUAAUUUUACUGAAUAAAUUAACUGGAGCUGGUUCUGUGAUUCAUAGUACUGACGGUGAUGCCAGUGUUCAUCCUGUACAGUUAAUAACAACUGCAAAGGAUGAGGACGGCGGCACUGUAACAUUAGUAACACCCUCUGAGGACCCCAAGAAGCGUCGUGAAAUCCUAGCACGAAGGCCUUCUUAUCGUAAAAUCUUGAACGAACUGUCUGCUACAGACGGUGGUGGCACUGCUGUGCUGAAGGAAGAGGAACCCCACAGCCUUACACAGGACGCCACCCAGGAACAGGAAGCCAGCACUAUUACAGUGGGUGGAAACCAAUAUUCCACAACUGGACUACUCAAAGCUAUUCAACUAGCAACUGGCAGCCAAGAUAGUGGUAUUCAAGGUCUACAGACCUUAACAAUGACCAAUACAGGGGGUGGUACAGCCAGCGCUAUCGUCCAGUACACCCAAGGCCAAGAUGGACAGUUUUUUGUUCCAGUGACAGUAUCUGCUGCGGACCUGCAGGCGUACCAGAUCCGUGCAUCAACGCCCACAGGGGGCCUCUCCCAGGGCAGCCUCCAAACCAUCCAGAAUCCCCAACAACUGGCAGAGGAGGCUUCUCGUAAGAGGGAGCUCAGGCUCCUCAAAAACAGAGAAGCAGCCAAAGAAUGUCGAAGGAAGAAAAAAGAGUACAUCAAAUGUUUGGAGAAUCGUGUUGCUGUACUGGAGAACCAGAAUAAGGCGCUCAUUGAAGAGCUCAAAUCCCUCAAAGAGCUCUAUUGCCAAAAGAAUGAAUGAGUGUCUCUUGAGAAUAGCAGCUCUGGAGCAGACUUUUAACAGAACAAAACAACUCAGUGAGCGGUGCGGUUUCCUUAGUUCGAAAUUUAUUUUUAGUGCAUCGUUCAUCUGAGUCCUAUUUUCUCCCGUUUUGUUCCAAUGGGUCGAUGUAAAAAGAUAUGUGGAUAUUAUGUACAUAUUUGCAUUUGUCAUUUUUGUACAUGAAUCAGAAAAAAAGAAAACUAUUUUUUUGUCAUUAAGAAUUUUAUAUGAUACAGUGAAUGUCAUAAUGUUACUUCUUGAACCUGUUAUAAUACUCUAUGUAGAUUUACAUCUAUUAUUUCAGUUGAAUAUUUUUGGACUUGUUGACAUCUUUUUUCUUCUCAGCUUUAAAUGCAUUGUAUAUGCCAAUCUAUUACUAGAGAUAUUAUUUAUCAUAUUGUUUCUUAUCAUGUUUUGGUUUUUAAUUGUCUUCAUUUUGUAUUUAAGCAGAAAAAGUUUAUCAAGUUUUUGCAUUUUAUUUAAUGUUUUUUUCCAAUAAAGAUGCUCUAAAGUAUUUGUCAUUAAUAUAUUAUGUGUAAGCUAUAUUUCAUUGUUUUGAAUUAUAAUUCUUUUUUUACAAAAUUAUCCGUGCCUACAGAAGUUAAUUUGUUUUCUUAUGUAAAUAAAAUUAUUAAAGAAUCAUGGAAUUCUUAUAAACAUAGAUGAAAAAAAGUUAUAAAUACCCAGUGCCAAUAAUCUUGUUUUCAAUUCUUUUUUUUAAAAUUAAUUUUAUUAGGAAAUAAGCCCCAAGAUCAAUGGAAGAAAUGCAUUAUUUGGCUUUGGCCCAAGUAGAAGAUAAAUUCUUAACCAGAAUUGCAUUUUAAUUUUUAAUAUGAAUAAUUUAGUUUUUUAAUGCUCUUUUAUAAUUUCAAAGGCUCACUAAUUUUAUUUCAAUACUAAAUAUAUUAUCUAGAUAUUAUUGUGUAUUUUUGUACAUGAAAAAAUAUAACAAUAUUUGAAGAAGUUUUCCUAAAAUUUAUUGAAAUUACCAAAUAGUCACCUGUUUGUUUAACUUUGAAAAUAAAUUGCUUUGUAAUUAAAUUUUUGUUGAAAUUUCAGGUUAGCUUCCACUGUGAUACAACAGAUUGUGUGUGCCAUAUGUUUUUGAACAAUCAUUAUUCUAUUUUUCUGCUGUUUGUAUAAAUUCUCAAAAGUAUUUUUUUUUUAUUAAUAA